AUGACCAGUACUGCGAGGAAUGACAAAAGUAGCGACCUUGUUCAGUCGGUUGCAAGCAAACCAAUAGAUAAAUAUGAGCCACCUCUAUAUUCUUAUAAGGAAUCAUUCAGUGACUGGCUCAAACAUGCUUGGAAAUACUCAAAUCAAGAUGCUGAGUAUAAUUUGUUGUCAAGUUUACCUUUUUUUCCCGAAAGCGAUGGAAAACGAGUAGCUAAGAUUAUAGAUACAGAUAUCGGAGGGGGAAAUUUUAUACACGAAUUAUAUAUUGAAAAUAUCGAACAGCCAUCUUCGGCAAUAACUCACAGUGAUACAACCAGAGAUGUCGUCUUGAUUCAUGGAUAUGGUGCAGCGCUAGGGCUUUUUAUAGAAAAUUAUGAUCUCUUAUCAUCGGUUCCAGGAAUUAGGAUUCAUGCAAUUGAUCUCUUGGGUUUUGGUUUAUCUUCUCGACCAUCCUUCCCAAAAUUACCAUGUUCGACUAAAGAUGAGGUACUUAAGGUAGAAGACUGGUUUAUUGAUCCUAUAGAAGAGUGGAGAAAAAAAAGAAACUUAAGCAGGUUUAAUUUAAUCGGGCAUUCUUUUGGGGGUUAUUUGAGUUGUGCUUAUGCUUUGAAAUAUAAUAAAAAGAUAAAAGAUGACUGUACAGGAGAGAUACGUAAUUUAGUCAACAAAUUGGUUUUAAUCAGUCCUGCUGGGGUGCCUAGAAACAAAUAUUCCUUGCUCAAGGAUGUUUCGAACCAGGCGGCGAUCCCUGAAGCAAAAAGAGAAGCAGAAAAUAAGCAGAUUGCAACUAACAACUACAGUCGUGAGUUUGAAGAUAAUCAAGAAGACAUCGUCCAUAAUAGGCCAACAGAUCAAUCAUCUGAUCCUGAGUUUUUGAAAAACCCUUCUUUUCGAGUGAAGGUUAUUUUAUAUCUAUGGAACAGGCACUUUUCGCCUCUUAGCUUGAUGAGAAAUUCGGGGCCUUUAAAGUCUAGAAUUCUAUCCCGUUGGACGACAAAUAAGUUAGCUCACGUUUAUGCAAAAGAUCCUGAACAGUUUCGACGUAUGCAUAGCUAUUUGUAUAGGAUUUUGAAUGCCAAGGGAUCAGGUGAAUAUGCCAUCACUAGAGUUUUAGAAGUGGGUGCAUCUCCAAGGCUUCCCUUGUUGGAUCGUUGCCCUGCUAGGUUUGUAGCUAUGGGGUUGCCUUCGCUUUGGUUAUAUGGGGAUAAAGAUUGGAUGGACAAGAAGGCAGGAUUUGAAAUGGAGGAAGAGAUUAACAAAUUAUCUCAGAAGACUUAUUCAAAAGAUUUGGCGGAAUGUAGCAUUAUUUCAAGAUCAGGCCAUCAUUUGUAUUUAGACAACCCAAAUAGUCUUAUUAAGGAGGUUUAUAAGUUUCUUGGGUACACCUAA